UGGAGCGCAAGACUACAGUUAAAUGGCGGCGUCCUCAAACUAAAAUUGUUAAUUUGAUUUAGGCUGAUAUUACAGUAAUAUUAUCGUUCAAGAUUUUAUUAUCCAAUGUAUUACGAUGUCGUCUGAUGUGAAUAAAUUAGCUGGUAUCGAGACGUCUGCUAUCAGUCUGUUGAGAAGAGCGGUAGAAUUAGACACAAACAAACGAUUCGAUGAAGCCGUGACAUGUUAUCAAGAAGGCCUACAAUUAUUAUUAGAAGUUUUGAAAGGAACAAAAGAUGAAUCUAAGAAAGAAAAAUUUCGUAAUAAAAUACAGGAAUAUAUGGCAAGAGCUGAAGAAUUGAAGAUACAUGUUCAACAGGAGAAAGAAGAUGGUAAAUAUCAUGAACAGAUUCACAUAGACAGUGGAUCGCUGGGGAAUAGUUACGAGAAAUUAUUCUCACGAUUUUUGGAUGAACGAGUUACGUGUGUAGAAAUAGAAGAUCCUUACAUUAGAUCAACACAUCAGGUUUAUAAUUUAUUAAGACUUUGUGAAUUGAUUGUGAAGUUAAAAUGUCCUGUGAAAGAAAUAAAAUUGUUGACGAGUAAGGAAGAGCAUCCACAAGCUCAAGAUCAACAACAUCAAAAAUUAGGACAUGUAAAACAGGGACUACAGAAACAUAAUAUAGACUUAGAUAUCCAGUAUUCUUCUACUUUACAUGACAGAGAAAUAAGGUUAAAUACCGGCUGGGUGAUUAAAAUUGGACGGGGUUUAGACAUAUAUAAAGGUGUGGACAAGUUUGCUGUUGGUUUCUGUGAUUUUGACCUUCGACCCUGUCAUGAAACGACAAUCGAUAUAUUUCAUAGAAAAAAUAUAAAAUAAAACAAGUGACAAUAACUUGAAAAAAGUGAUUAACUUUUAAACACAUCAAAAGGAAAGAAAAAAAAAUGGAAUUUAUAUUGAAAACUUAAGUUUUGCUUAAAGGGGCAUUAUGUAAGAGCUAAAUUUGUUUAUUGCUUCUCUUUCUUCUAAUGUUACAUAAAUGGUCGUGAUUUUUAAUAGAUUGAAAACGAUCCUCAUUUAAUAAUUUAAUUUAAAAAUGGAUAAUCAAGACUUUGUUUAUUAUUGUAGCAAUGGUACUUGACAUUAGAGACUAUCUUCUAAAACUCAUAACUUGGCUCAGAAUAAAGUAAUUUUGCUAAAAUUAUCAAUAAUCAUUUCUCAUUUUCGAUUUUUGAUCUAUUAUAGCAAGAAUGGUCAGUUCUUUAUCUUAAUCUUACAUAAUGCACCUUUAACUGAAUUUAUUACUCAAAAUAUUAAUCUCAAUUUCUGAUCUCCGUUUUGUAUAAAUAUGAAUACAUAUGAAGGAUCUGUAUAUUACCACUGCCAUGGUUCAAUCCACUCUUCUUAAUUCCACUCAUACAAUCUGAUGAGAUAUUAUUUCGUUUCGUUUUUUAUAGUUCAAAAUUUCGUUUUACCUCUCUUUGCAACACUAGGAUUUGGAAGAGUUGUUAUAUAACACGUGUUCUGGUUGACGUGAGAGAUUUGCCAAUGAAACUGUCUGUUAUGGCAAGUUCUUGGCGUUUGAUACAAGGAACUGUGGGUUAAACCAGCACAACCGGUCAGAUCUUCAUGUAGUGUAGACCAUCGAAAGUAAAAAAAAACGAAACGAAA